AGCUUCUGAAAAUAGCUUCGUAGGUAUGGUACAUUAGAAUAUAGUGCAUACUUCAUUUGCAGUUAGAAAACCACUUGUGCAGUAACAUCAACAUUCAUCUCAUAUCCCCCAAUAGCUGAGAGAAUUUCCAUCUAAUUUGAAGGCUUAUUCUCCAAGACUAGGACAUUCACUACACUCGACAGAAGUUCACAUGCGUUUCACGUAGUACUCUCCAAAGCUUACAUAAUGCAACGAGGCAAGAGUAUGAAAGCAUCUUCAGGAGCAUGUUCAGGUUCAGUGUUACUGCUGUCCAAAUUGCCAAUUUCCGGCAGAGCAAACUCCCUUUCAGGAAAAAGACUGAGGUGGACUGAGGUUUCAGCUGGAGCUCCAAUAGUCACUGCAUCCCCCCUUGAGACACAAGGUCAGACAAAACCGAUUAGGAGAUGCACAUCCACUCGACCACUUGUGUCCCAUUCAGUUUCAUGCGCUCUGAGGGCGGGUGUAUCGGCUCAUAUUUCCAUUUCCACUCCACCUUGCUCCUUGACUUGGCCUUGAAAUUUUGAUGGACCGAACGUGAUUACGAUCUUUCUUGCCUUAUCAGCAAAUAGCCCAGAUACAUCAGCUCUGACUUUUUUUACUCUACUUUCUCUCUUCAAUGAACAGGCAUUCCUCCCGCCAUCCUUUAAAAAAAUUACAGUAGGUAAACAUGAGCCAUUCUAUGGAAUCAUAAUUUGUACCAGGAACUUCUUGCAACCCAUCAGUGAAUUUCUUAUAUAUCGCCAUCAUUAUCGCUUCAUGCUUUUAGUUAGGCCCCACUACUCCACUUUAGUACUCACCAAGGUCCCCCACAAAGCCACCUGCCUUUCUCAUCAAAUGCCCCCUCACUUACCUUUAAUUAUUCCAUCUCACAGUUAACUCAACACCAUAAAGACCUCUCGCACACACUCUCACAAAUUGCACAGACAGACACAGGUAGUAGUGAAGUACCAGAGCUACAGCUCGGCGAGGCCAUGAAGAGCUCUUCAGUUGCACCAAGCCUGAAACAGGAGCAAGGAGAUGCUAGCAAACUGCAGGAAGGUGUCCUCAACAACCUUGAGCUUAGGCUUGGCAUCUCUUCAGACAAUGGCCUGAGUAGUGGUGGUGGUGGUGCUACUACUCCAUGGCUUGGUGUUGGAGUGCACCCUUGGAGCCUGUCCGCCAGGCAAGACAAGGCGGCCCUGGAACAACCUCAGGAGAGGCCUAAUGAGUGUCCUGCCCACAGAGAAGAUCGCCCUCAACUGGUCGGAUGGCCACCGGUGCGCACAUUCCGCAAGAACCUGUCCGCCACAUCCACAAGGCCUGCAUAUUCUGAAGACCUGAGUAAAGUGGAACACUGCUAUGAAGAAGAAGACCAUGGAAACAUAAACACUGGAGUUGCAGUACAAGAGAGGCCGGCCAUGUUCGUGAAGGUGAACCUGGAAGGGUACGCCGUUGGGAGAAAGAUUGACCUGAAUGCACACCGCGGCUACAGUUCGCUGUCUGGUGCUCUGCAGAGCAUGUUCCAUGGCUUCUUGUCAGAUGGCCACGGGAGGAUUGCAACCAGAGGGGGUGAAGAGCAGCUGGAAUAUCACAAGGGCAAGGGCACGAUGAAGAACUACAUCCUUCUGUACGAGGACAACGAGGGCGACCGCAUGCUCGUCGGCGACGUUCCAUGGGAGCUGUUCGUCGCUUCGGUAAAGAGGCUCUACAUUGCCAGGGACCCUAGAGCUGACAAAAGCAAUAAGAAGUAGAACAACGGAUGAUCAGGUGUGAGGCAGUUCCUGUGCAUCAUCUAGCCGACUGCAAAUGACAACAGGAGAUUGCAUAGCUCCAACCUGCACGGAUCAUGCAGAUAUGGUCUUCCCCUCCAAUGAGCCCACCUGUCGUGUGUCUAGGGGCGUCGUGUGAUUAAUUACUCUAGGAAGUUUUGCUUGUGCAAUCGAAUAGUAGAAGAUAGUGGAUUAGCUAAUGUUCAUGUAAAAUAACGCAGGGUGUAAUUAUGUACUGUACCAUAUAUGGUGAAAUAGGUAGUACGGCACCGUUACACUAACAUGCUAAAUCUUCUUCUCCUCGGAAGCGUUUUAUCAA